AUGAUUCCUCAAAUUAUUAGACCAAAAAAUGUGACUCCAAAGCCACCACCAAUUGUAAUACCACUUGGUAAGCCAGCAGAAAAUACUGUGGCAACACCAGGAGUAAGAAAUUUCACAAGUUUUACAAAAAAUACUUCAAUUUUACCCACAAAAUUACCUCCUUUAACUCCUCAUGCACAUAUUUUAGUCGAUCUCAAUCCUCUACUUCAGAGAAUUGAUAUGAAUACAAAAUACGAACUCGUUCAACUUGUCUUUUUUCAAGAUGAAGUUGAAGAUCCAGAAAUCAAAAAGAAAACAGAAACAUUAUCGAAUAUACUAAAAUUGAUGAACGAUCCUAUAUACAGACAUGGCGUUUCAAAUGACAUUUUUAUCUCCAUAUUUCAACUUUGCACUUCACAUAUCUUCCGAAACUCCAUCAGACUUCAAGACCGAAACGAAUUCUCAGAGGUAAAGAUUAUGUAUCGAAUCACUAACCAGGAACACCUCAAAAUCUGUCAUCAACUUUUACGAGCAUUAAUGCUCGACCAUAGUACGUUUACUUCUCUACUGACAUCGAGUCUAUGCAAGUCCUUGGUGAAUUCUCUCGAUACUCCAGUCUUAGAAGAGCAACAGCAAUUCGAGGAAACAAUAAAAUUAAUUAUUGAAUCAUAUAUUGGACAAAGACAUGAUAUACUGCAUUAUAUGACUGAUCAGAUAAUAGCUUAUUACGAUAAUGUCAACCAAUAUUCUUCGAUUGCUCCAAUAUUACGAUUAUUUUUCUCUUAUUACACAUCUCUUCAACCACCAAUGAAACAAUCCGCAUUCUUAACAUUCAGAACUGUUUUUUAUCCGCUUUAUUCGACGCCUUACGCUUACAAUUUUGAACAAGCUUUAUCAGAGCUCUCUUUGUUCUUUCAGAUACAAGAUCCAGCAACAACAUUCUGGUGUUUGAAAUAUUUAUACAUGCAUUGGCCGAAAGCUAAUCCGAAAAAGAUAAAUACGUUUUUAAAUCAACUGACCAACAUUCUACCAUAUCUUCCUGAAGGAGUUUUUCAAGCUUCUGCACCUCUGAUACUUCAAUCUUUCGCAAAUGUAAUUUCUUCACCUCAUGUUGCUACAUGCGUUAAUGCGAUCAUUUAUUGCAAUAACGAACAGUUCUUACAAGCGUUUAAGAAUGUUCCACAGCUCGUUGUUCAGUAUCUUUUGCCGGCUGUGAAGUCUGCAAUCGAUAUAUGGAAAAACGAUGCAAGAGAAUUGGCUUCACAACUUCGCUCCAAGUUGACAACGUUCGAGCGAUCAAAACAAGCCAAGGAAAUUCCUCCGACAAAGGACACAAAAGCAAUUUGGAGCUCAAUUGCAGAUAUAGCCAAAACUAAUGACGAUUCAUUAAACAAUUGGAGGAUAGAUGAUACACUAUAA